AUGAUGAUGAUUUCCUCCACCUUGUGGGAGGAUCCGUCCACACAGAGCUCACUCGCUCUUCCUCCUUCAGCCGCGAUGCAUCACUGCAGUCCGGAGGUGUCCUCACACACAGACAGGCUGGAGGCGAGAUAGAAGAAGAACAAACCUCUCAGAUUUACAUUUGUUCGUGUCUUUAUAAAUAUAUAUAUAUAUAUAUCCUCUUCUCGGUGAAACCUGGUCGUUGUGAGAGAGCUGAGAGGAUGCACAGCCUCAGACAUGGGGUGAAAACCAAGCGGACUGAGUCCAACCUCGGAGCUGAGCGGGAGCAUUUUGACAAACAGCAGCUGAACAGCAUCAGCAAGGCCAUCAACUCCGCUGAGACGCCUGUGAAGGAGAAACAUGCACGACGAAUUAUCCUGGGCACUCACAGGGAGAAGGGAGCCUACACCUUCUGGUCCUACGCUCUGGGCUUCCCUCUGGCCGGCAGCUCCAUCCUCAGCUGGAAGUUCUGCAGCGUGUUGCACAAAAUCCUGCGGGACGGACACCGCAAUGUUCUACAAGACUGCAUGAGGCAUCACAGUUCUCUAGUUGAAAUUGGGAAACUAUGGAGCAACCUCCACGACAAAUAUGGACAGCUGGUGGCUCUGUAUAGCAAGCUGCUCUGCACUAAAAUGGAGUUUCAUGUGAAGCAUUCAGAUAUCCCACCGAACCUGGAGGCCACAGAUGAAGUACUGGAGAAGUGCGCAGGAACCGACAUUAAUAAUGUGUUCCAGCUCACAGUGGAGGUGUUUGAUUACCUGGACGCAGAGCUGAGGCUGGCCGAGACAGUGAUCCGACAGCUCAACACAUCCAUCGCCAUCUCCACUCUCACAUCCGGCCAGUGUCGGCUGUCUCCACUCAUCCAAGUUGUCCAGGACUGUAGUCACCUCUACCACUUCACUGUCAAGAUGCUGUUCAAGCUGCAUGCCUGUCUCCCCGCUGACACCUUACAAGGACACCGUGAUCGUUUCCAUGACCAGUUCCACAGCCUUAAGACCUUCUUCAAUAAAGCCAGAGACAUGCUGUACUUCAAGAGACUGAUCCAGAUCCCCAAGCUGCCUGAUUCCCCACCUAACUUCCUGCACGCAGCCUCACUGGCCAAGCACUCGAAGCUGGUGGUGGUCAUCCCUGAUGAGUACGAAGCAGAGCAACAAGAUGACGAUGAUGAUGAUCCCGAGCCGCUCAUCGAAGUCAGCGAAGUCUCAACACCCAUCGUACAGUCACAGCCACCGCAACUGGACAUAUUCGAUGAGACAUUUGGACCUCCAAACGGAGGCUUUGAUGACCGGGAUCUCCAGAUUGAGAGCCUGAAGCGGGACCUGGAGUUGUUGAGAGCAGAGCUGGAGAGAGUCAAAGCAGAGGCUCAGCGUUACAUCACACAGCUGAAGUCCCAGAUCAACAGUUUGGAGUCCGAACUAGAAGAACAGCGUGCACAGAAACAACGUGCUCUCGUGGAAAACGAACAACUGCGCAUGGAGCUGGAGGCUACGCGUCGCCGAAACGCAGAACACGAGAGCUCACAGGCCUUCUUCACUGAAGCAGACAAAAGAGCGCAGGCCACCGAGCAGCGGUACAAUAAGCUGAAGGAGAAGCACACAGAGCUGGUGGGCAGCCAUGCUGAAUUACUCCGGAAGAGUGCAGACACUGUGAGGAUGCUAUCAGCAACCCAGCAGACCCAGGAUGAGGUGGAGAGGACCAAACAGGAGCUGUCGUUUCAGGUUGAACGAAUAAAACAGGAAGCUGACAUGAAGCUGGAAGAGCAGAAGUUUGAAAUGGAGAGGCUGAAGAGAGAACUGGAGGAGAAGAUGGCAGAAAUGAUACGCGUCAAGGGUACUCUACAGAGCAGUGAGAAGACUUCGGCGCAAAUGAACAGCUCGGUGACGGCUCUGCAGGCGGAGAAGGAGCGUCUGAUGCGAUCUGUUAGCGAGAAGGAGGCAGAGCUGUCGUCUCUGCGGCAGUCUGCGCAGUUGCAGCAGUCGUCGCUUCAGCAGGAGCGAGAGAGGAGCAGCAGGGAGCUGGGAGACCUGCAAGGCAAACUGCAGGAGAAGUCGAGUCAGGAGGAGCAGCUGAAGCAGAAGCUUCUGGAGGAGCAGUUUGCUCUGCUGCAGGGAACUGUCACAGAGGCUGAGAACAUCAUUCAGGACGCCGUCGCUAAGCUGGAUGAUCCCCUUCAUAUACGCUGCACCAGCUCUCCAGAUUACCUUGUGAGUCGGGCGGAGGCGACGCUGGGCUCCGUAGACAAAGUGAAAAAGGGCCAUGCAGAUUAUCUGAGUAACAUGGGGGAUGCUGGAGGAUUGCUGAGGGCUCUGACCCAGUUCUCCCACUUGGCUGCGGAUACAAUCAUCAACGGCAGCGCCACUGCACACAUGGCGCCCAUUGACCACGCAGACCGAUUGACGGAGAACUGCAGAGGCUGUGCCACUGAGAGUCUGCAGUUCCUCAAGGACCUGAAGGCCAAGAACACCCUCCUGAAGGCAGACCCGGCCGCCGUUCGCUUGAUCAUUCAAAAGAUCCUGUACUUGGGCCAGGAGCUGCGGCCAAAAGGCAUGGAUAUUCGUCAGGAUGAGCUGGGAGAUCUGGUUGAUAAGGAAAUGGCUGCAACAUCAGCGGCUAUUGAGGAGGCGGUCCGCAGGAUUGAUGAAAUGAUGAAUCAAGCACGAAAGGACACAUCAGGAAUUAAACUGGAGGUCAACGAAAGAAUCCUCAACAGCUGCACAGACCUGAUGAAGGCCAUCCGCAUGCUGAUCAUAGCGUCUACAGACUUACAGAAGGAGAUUGUCGAGGGUGGCAGGGGCGCAGCCUCCAUUAAGGAGUUCUACGCCAGAAACUCUCGCUGGACUGAGGGACUCAUCUCUGCUGCCAAGGCUGUGGGAUGGGGAGCCACAGAGAUGGUGGAGUCUGCUGAUAAGGUGGUGCUGCACACAGGCAAAUACGAAGAGUUGAUUGUCUGCUCCCACGAGAUCGCUGCCAGCACAGCUCAGCUGGUUGCUGCCUCAAAGGUUAAGGCGGACCGCAGCAGUACAAGGCUGACAGUUCUCCAGAAGGCCUCUCGCCAGGUGAAUGAAAUGGCAGCUAACGUGGUGGCCUCGACGAGGACGGGCCAGGAGAACCUGGAGGAAAAAGAAACCAUGGACUUCUCUGGGCUGUCCGUCAUCAAGUUGAGAAAAGAAGAAAUGGAGUCACAGGUGAAGGUGCUGGAAUUAGAGAGUCAGCUGGAGAACGAGCGUCUGCGUUUGGGCGAGCUGAGGAAGAAGCACUACGAGGUGGCCGGAGUUCCUUCAGAGCUGGUUUCUGAGGGGAACGGAGAAACCUCCUCGCCGGCCCAUCCUGCCAACAUGUCACCAAAACCCGGCAAGCCUGCUCUCUUUAGGAAACCUACGUUGGCCCAGAAACCAAACGUACCACAAAAAAACCCGUUUAAGUAAUGCCUGAGCAGAAGAGGAAAAUGCUCCACUAAUGGAUGGUUGGAUUGACCAGAGAAAGAACAUACGGUUCCUUUAAGUUGCAUGCUGACAAUCCUCUGCCUCAUCCUGCAUCUCACUGUUUUCCUUUCUUUCUUUUUGUUUUUCUUUUUUGCCAAAAUGGACCAGAAGCCUGAUUCUUGACCCUGAUGCCUGUAAGGGAUAUGCUGUCUUUACCCCUUGUUUUUUUUUUUUUAAGAUGCUUACACAUGCCAUCCAGGCAGAACCCUUUUUUUAUUUUAGUAUUUGGCAUCGAGAACAAAAAAUGGUUAAUAUUAUACUUUGAAGCUGUGUUAAAGUAUUUUUUUCUGCAUCACAACAAUUUUAGAUGAUUAAGUACUACUGCUGCUUUUAGAAUACAAACCUUGAUAAUAAUAACCACAAAUCGACAGCAUACAGUAUAUUGUAGUGUGUGUGUCAAUAGUUAGUUUUCAUCAACCUUUUGCACACUACUUUGGACGUUCAUAACAGAGCACAUCACGUUUUUCUUCAUGUACACUGUAUGCUAUUUAUGUUGUGGUGGGCGGUAAAGGAAACUGGGGAAUCACAUCAUGUGCGUCAAUGUCGCUGCAAAGGUUUUACAUACCUCUGGCUUUGCCUUCAUGAUGGACUGAGUUCCUCUAAUGUGCAAAACAGCUUUCUCUCUCAACAGUACAAGAUUGUCUCCGAGGCCUUGGAAUGUACUGUACUGUGUGUGAAUCAUACCUGUAAAGACAUACGGUCUGUAUAGGAGCGUGCCACUCGCACCGAGUAUAAUUUAUAUCUACACUCAUCUCUUGAAUGUCCCUUUAUUAUAGGAGAACCUGGAUAUCACGUUAAAGCAUAUAAAUAGAAUUGAUGCUUGCACACAAAUAUGGGAUGUAGGUGUCCUUAAUUGUCAAAUUCUUCUUUUAGGCUGAAGAUUUAGGGUUAGUUGAUGUACAAUGUAAAGGUGUUCAAGUUCUCUUUGCCUCUGGGAGCUUUUCAUACAGGGUCUUAAAAUGCAUCUUUUUAUGUUCUGUCCUUUCCUCUGUACGAAAUGUCUUUAUACACUCAGAUCUAUUAAUAUAUUUUAGUAAAGAUAAUAGUGGUUUCUCCUUGUAAGAAGUGUAAAUGUCAAACAAAUGAACAAUAAAUGUUUGAUUUAAUGUCC